AUGUCUUACGAUCCGGCACCUGGCAGCAUCGCACAGCAAUCCGAUCGAUAUGUAUCUUUCCUGUCUCAGCGAGAUCUGUCGUUGCGCAUCCCGGUGAAUUAUGUCACACAUCCAGGCGUUGUCCUGUCUGCCGCUUGCUUCGGGAAAGGAAGGUACGACCAUGUCGCCGCGGCACAAUGCUUCUCGAAUCUGCUGGCCAUGGGCUUCCGCAGAGUAGAAGUCGACGUGUUCUGGGACAGCAGCAGAAGUCUAUGGAGUCUCUGUCCGGUCGAGCUUGGCGGUCCAGGUGUACAGCUCACCACUUCGGCUAGUGUCGCAGUAACACCGUUGCAGACCGCAACCCAGCUAGGUACAGAGCUGCUGAGCGUGAGCAAUCGCCAUCUUGUGAGACAGGAUAGUACUGCUGUAUCGUCAGUGCCAAGUUCGAGCGGCACGUCUCAGUCUACAGCCAGCUUAUCGACCACGUCCACCAUCACAGCAGGUCCGACGUCUGCAGCGACUGGGAUCCAGGCGCCUGUUGCUGCACCUACAGACGAGAGCGACGAUACGCUUUUUCAAAUCGGAUCAUACGCCUGCACUUUGGAAACAGACCUGGCGCUCCUGAUUCGGGUCUUGUCAGCACAUCUUAUCGCUACAGAAACCGAUCUGAAUGCGACUACCGUAGCUUUGACGCUCAAUCUGCAUGCAGCUGCAUCGGCGUCAGAUCCGGAAGGCCCUGCUCAAGAACCCAGUGAAGAUGAUCUGCCACAAGACUUGUCUCUCUUAAGCUCGGUGUUGGCUCGUAAUGCUUCGGCGUAUCUCUACACUCCAGACGACCUCAGUAGUCAAAGGUCAAAUCUCAAUCGCAGCAGAGGUUGGUUCACCUUUGACGAGUCUCAACAGCCCGACGCUGCCUUCUUCGACGUUGAAAGGGAUGAUGGAACGCGGUCGACUCCCAAUGGCUGGCCCAGCGAGAGCUACAUGGAACUGCUCUCGGCGAAGCGACUUCUAGUGGGCUUCGGAACUGUCGACCCGCAAAUGUUGAACUACAACUUCUCCGGCGACGCAUCGUACAUCUUCGCUCGAGAUAACCUAGAGGUGGAACGGGAGGUGGCAGCUUCCAGUGCUGGCAACAUAACUAGUGGCUGCUUCUUCAACCCAGACGAAUCUUCAUUGUCGAACGUCAACUCAUCAUGGGCCAUAUCAUCGCUUGGUAACUCCAGCACACCAACCAGUGACGCGCUCAAUAGCAUUUUGGCGCAGGCAAGGAACCUCACAUACUGCGGCAUCUCCCCGAUAUUGAAUGGCACACUGAACAACACCACUGCGAAUGAGGACUUUCGACCAUAUGCACAGUUCGUGCAAAGUACAGUAUGGUCGUGGGCACCUGGUCAACCUCUCAAUGCGUCUUCUACGGACGACCUUCGGGAUUACCGCUGUGCGGCCUUGAACAGCACAUCGGGAUACUGGCAAGCGUCAGACUGUGGUCAGUCGCGUUACGGAGCGUGUCGACGCGGCAACGAGCCGUACUCCUGGCGCAUAUCCGACGCAGACGCACCCUACGACCGCAUCGAUCGCGCGUGCGAUGAUGAGUCGACCUUUGACGUGCCGCGGACUUCACUCGAGAGUACGUAUCUGCUGUCUGAAUGGCGCAAGUGGCAGACAGACCAUGACGAUGAUCCCGGUCCGCUUUUGUGGCUCGACUUCAAUAACCUUGACAUCUCAGCUUGCUGGGUUAUUGGACAAAAUUCCACAUGUCCCUAUGACAAGCCGCACGACACUGACACGCGAGAAGUGGUGGUUCCAGUGGUUGGUGGCAUCAUAGUUUUCGUGCUUGCGAUUUUGACAAUACUGGUCAAAGGCGCUGGCAAUAGACAACAGUCGAAACGACGAAAUCGUCGCGGUGACAAUGGCUGGGAUUACGAGGGCGUGCCGUCGUAG